UGCAGCUGCUCAAGGGCAGGGCUUGCCCUAGCGCCGAGUAGUGGCAACGGUGUGUGGCUUCUGGGGUUCUUGGAAGCCCGGUCCCAGCGGCCUAAAACCGGCAGCUCCCCAGGCAGACACACUCUUUCCCAGGAAGUAGUACUCCCGAGUCAGCGCGCGGCAGCGAGACCGCCUGGAGGGGCUUCCUUAGUGGAGGAAAGGUGGGGUUACAGGGCACAGGUGACAGGGCCGGAGAAAGAUGGAGCAGCCCGGCGCGGCAGCGUCGGGAGCGGGAGGCAGCAGCGAGGAACCUGGUGGGGGCCGAAGCACCAAGAGGAGCACGGGGAACCGGGCCGCCAACGAAGAGGAAACGAAAAACAAACCCAAAUUGAACAUUCAAAUAAAAACUUUGGCAGAUGAUGUGCGUGACCGAAUUACAAGUUUCAGGAAAUCUACUGUCAAAAAAGAGAAACAUCUUAUUCAACAUCCUAUUGAUUCUCAAGUUGCAAUGAGUGAAUUUCCAGCACCUCAGCCAUUAUACGAUGAACGAUCUUUAAAUUUGUCAGAAAAGGAAGUACUGGAUCUCUUUGAAAAAAUGAUGGAGGACAUGAACCUUAAUGAAGAACGAAAAGCUCCUUUACGAAACAAAGAUUUUACCACUAAGCAUGAAAUGGUUGUCCAGUAUAUUUCUGCUACAGCCAAAUCUAUAGUUGGAAGUAAAGUUACGGGAGGACUGAAAAACAGCAAACAUGAAUGCACCCUGUCUUCACAAGAAUAUGUUCAUGAAUUAAGAUCUGGUAUUUCAGAUGAGAAACUUCUUAAUUGCCUGGAAUCUCUGAGGGUUUCUUUAACCAGCAAUCCUGUCAGCUGGGUUAACAACUUUGGCCAUGAAGGUCUUGGACUCUUAUUGGAUGUGCUGGAAAAGCUUCUGGACAAGAAACAGCAAGAAAAUAUUGACAAGAAGAAUCAGUAUAAACUUAUUCAGUGCCUCAAAGCAUUUAUGAAUAAUAAGUUUGGAUUACAAAGGAUUCUAGGAGAUGAAAGAAGUCUUCUACUAUUGGCAAGAGCAAUUGACCCCAAACAACCCAGCAUGAUGACUGAAAUAGUAAAAAUACUCUCUGCUAUUUGCAUUAUUGGAGAAGAGAACAUUUUAGAUAAACUUUUAGGGGCUAUAACUACAGCAGCAGAAAGAAAUAACAGAGAACGAUUUUCACCAAUUGUGGAAGGAUUAGAAAAUCAUGAAGCUUUGCAAUUACAGGUGGCCUGUAUGCAGUUCAUAAAUGCCCUUGUCACUUCUCCAUAUGAGCUUGAUUUUCGAAUACAUUUAAGGAAUGAAUUCCUCCGCUCGGGACUAAAAACCAUGUUACCAGAUCUAAAAGAAAAAGAGAAUGAUGAGCUUGAUAUUCAGUUGAGAGUAUUUGAUGAGAACAAGGAGGAUGACCUAACUGAAUUAUCACAUCGUCUCAGUGACAUUCGAGCAGAAAUGGAUGAUAUGAAUGAAGUAUACCAUCUUCUGUAUAAUAUGUUGAAGGACACAGCUGCUGAAAAUUACUUAUUAUCCAUUCUACAACAUUUUUUGCUCAUCAGAAAUGAUUAUUAUGUCAGGCCACAGUAUUACAAAAUAAUUGAGGAAUGUGUUUCACAGAUAGUGCUGCACUGCAGUGGUAUGGACCCAGAUUUCAAGUAUAGACAAAGAUUAGACGUUGAUUUCACUCAUCUCAUAGAUUCUUGUGUGAACAAGGCAAAAGUUGAAGAAAGUGAACAAAAAGCCAUGGAAUUCUCAAAGAAGUUCGAUGAAGAAUUCACAGCUCGACAGGAAGCUCAGGCUGAGCUUCAGAAAAGAGAAGAAAAAAUUAAAGAGCUUGAAACAGAAAUCCAGCAACUUCGAACCCAGGGAAAUGGAUUCUCAGCUGUAUCAGGAAUUCCAGGCCCCCCUCCACCACCUCCAUUGCCAGGUGCUGGGCCACCCCCACCACCACCUCCACCAGCACCAUUUCUACCUGUAGGAGGUCCCCCUCCUCCUCCUCCUUUACCUGGAGUAGCUGGUGGUAUACCACCACCACCACCUUUGUUUGGAGGACCUCCUCCACCACCUCCCCUUGGAGGAAUUCCUCCUCCUCCAGGAGCACCAAUUGAUCUGCCUUAUGGAAUGAAGCAGAAAAAAAUAUAUAAACCUGAGAUCCCCAUGAAGAGAAUCAAUUGGUUAAAGAUUGAACCCAGAGAAUUGUCUGAGAAUUGUUUCUGGUUAAAGGUUAAGGAGGACAAGUUUGAAAAUCCAGAUCUCUUUGCAAAAUUGGCACUGAAUUUUGCUACCCAGAUAAAAGUACAAAAGAAUGCAGACGCUUUAGAAGAGAAGAAGACCCAACCUGCAAAGAAGAAAGUGAGAGAAUUGAGAGUUUUGGAUCCCAAAACUGCCCAGAAUCUGUCUAUCUUCCUCGGAUCAUAUCGUAUGCCAUAUGAAGAUAUUAAAAAUAUCAUUUUGGAGGUCAACGAAGACAUGCUGAGUGAGGCCUUAAUUCAGAACCUGGUUAAACAUCUUCCUGAGCAGAAGGCACUCAAUGAAUUAGCACAGCUGAAGAAUGAGUAUAAUGACCUUUGUGAGCCGGAACAAUUUGGAGUUGUGAUGAGCUCAGUGAAAAUGUUACGACCUCGUCUCAAUAGCAUUCUUUUCAAACUCACAUUUGAAGAACAUGUAAACAACAUCAAACCAAGCAUCAUAGCAGUAACUCUUGCCUGUGAAGAACUGAAGAAAAGUGAAAACUUUAACAAACUUUUAGAAUUAGUUCUUUUGGUUGGAAACUACAUGAACUCAGGCUCAAGAAAUGCCCAGUCUUUGGGUUUUAAGAUCAACUUCCUUUGUAAGAUCAGAGAUACAAAAUCAGCAGAUCAAAAAACAACCCUCUUGCAUUUCAUUGCUGAAAUUUGUGAGGAAAAACACCGGGAUAUCCUGAAAUUUCCUGAAGAACUGGAACAUAUAGAAAGUGCAAGCAAAGUUUCAGCUCAGAUUCUCAAGAGCAACCUUGCAGCAAUGGAACAACAAAUUGUUCAUCUGGAACGUGACAUCAAGAAAUUCCCCCAAACAGAAAAUCAACAUGAUAAAUUUGUGGAGAAGAUGACGAGCUUUACAAAGAGUGCCAGAGAGCAGUAUGACAAACUGUCCACCAUGCACAGCAACAUGGUAAAGCUCUACGAGAAUCUUGGAGAAUACUUUGUUUUUGACUCUAAGACAGUGAGCAUAGAAGAGUUUUUUGGCGAUCUCAGCAACUUCCGAACAUUGUUUCUGGAAGCAGUAAAAGAAAACAAUAAGAGAAAAGAAAUGGAAGAGAAGACUAGGAGGGCAAAGGUUGCAAAAGAGAAAGCCGAACAAGAAAAGUUGGAACGUCAGAAGAAAAAGAAACAGCUCAUUGAUAUAAACAAAGAGGGUGAUGAGACUGGCGUGAUGGAUAAUCUCCUAGAAGCCCUGCAAUCAGGUGCAGCAUUCCGAGACCGCAGAAAGCGGAUUCCCAGGAAUCCAGAUAAUAGACGGGUACCUUUGGAAAGGUCACGCUCUCGCCACAAUGGAGCUAUCUCAUCUAAGUAAUUCCUGAUGCCAAAGAAUAUAAAAAUAUUUAAGUAUACAACAUCACUCAUUUUGAGAAAGACAAAACAUGCAGUCAAGGGAUGGAGAGGAAAUAUAUGCACUUCUGCAAAGAUCAAGCUAAGCCGUAUGACAUAGCCUACAUUUGUAAAGCUACUGCCAGACUCCUCACACUAUUAGACUAAUAUGAACAUAAUUAUUGAGGUUAUAAAAUGUGUGUUCUCUUUUAGUGUAAAGAUGUGUAUUACUUGUUAUUGUGUGUGACCUGAUGGUGAUGGUGAAAAGUGUAAGAAACUAAAGAGUUCUAAGACUUUCAAAAAUAUCCAGUUUGUCAAAAUUUACAAUGUUACUCAUAUUUGCAGGUCACCCCCCAAAAAAGGAAGAAAAGAGAGGAGAAGAAUAGAAAGAAAUAAUUUCUCAAUGUCUGUUUCUGAUUCUUGUUACACAGGAAAUGAAAAGGCUAAUGAAACUAUGCAUAUUAAUGAUCUGGAGAGGCACUAAUGUUGCAUACUCUGUAAGAGAAGCCAUUAUGGAAACUCAAACAAGUACUGCUUCAGCCCCAUCAGGUUAUGUAGAAUCUUAUCUCAAGUGAAAGCUGAUAUAUUCAUCUGCUUUGGCUGAAAUUAAACUUAUCAUUAAUCUAGAGUUUUAGCAUGAUAUUGCAGGCACUUACCAUUGCUAAAACUAAACCAAAGUUUAACAGAAGCAGUUAAUACAAUUUAAAUUUUAUUUAAGGAAGUGUUUUCUAAUUAUGCACAUAUCUACUUUCUACAAACACUUUAUAUGGCUAUUUUUGAGAAAAACUUCACAUUUUAAUGUUUAUGCUAAGGAUGAACCUGAAAAUUCUAUUACCUUUAUUUAAAUUUUUAAAGGUAAAUAUUGAUUCCUAAUCUCUGUGAUUUCUUUCUUCUCUCUGUCACUUCUUUCUCCCAUGACCCCCUUGAAAGCAGGGAAUAGAAUUCUAGAAUACCUGAGAGGGAAAAGAUUUCUCUCUGCAGGAGGCAGCAGAAAACUGAAAGGUCAAUUGUUUUAUCUGCCUUUCUACUCCCCUUUCCAAUUCUGCCUUGGUGGUCUGAAGAAGAAGAAAAAUGUAUGUAUGUGUAUAUAUGUGCAUAUAUUUAUAUCUCCUGUUACAGUAAUUCCACAUCCUAGUGACUAAGUGAACUUUUUAGUCAUCGUACUUACUUACCUAUAUUAACAAAUUAAAAUCAUACUGCCAUAAACAACAUUAGGAGGAAAAUAGGCUCUACGUUUUUCUUAAAUUAAUGAGAGAAUAAGAAUGUCACAUAAAUUUUCUAUUAUUUUAAAAUAUGCAUUGAAGUAAGAUGGUAUAACUUCUCUGCAGUGCAAUUUUAAGAUUAAUUCAUGUAGACGACUAUUGUAAAAGAUUUCUUAUGUGUAUAUAUCUAAUAUAGAGAAUCUUAUUUCUCCUCUAAAGAGCAUUGUAGACAUUCAGAAAGAACAAAGGACUGACUUGGCAAAUCACCCCUUGAGAUGAAGGAAACAAGUAACCAGCAGCUCCCAGUUUCCUUUAUACUGAUGUAUAAUGAUUAAAACUGCUGCCUUUUCCUCCAGUGCAUUCUUACUUGGAAAAAUACUUUUAAAAGCUCUGAAGCUGCUAUAGUAGAAAAAUCAAAAAUAAUUACAGUAUCUGAGAUUUUACAGUUUUAUCUCAAGAAACACACAUAGGCACAUACAAAUUUAAGGGGCAUAUCAAUUUCUCAGUUUUUUAACAAUAAAAUAAAAUAGUAGACUACUUUAUGUAAAUACUUAAUGUGUGUAUUUUUUACUUCACAAAAUCAUUUCUGAAAUCUUUAUGGUAUGGCUUCUUUAAAUCUUUUCAUAGGUUUCUAUUCUGUAGGAGAAUGGUAUUUUGAAAGGUUAACCCUCACUAAAAUUAAGGGGUAUUUGCCAUACCAUGUUAUCAAACUGGUCAAGGUAGAAAUACUAACAUACAUCACCUUUUCCAGGUGUGAACUUGCCUUAUUUUAUAUUUUGUGGAAAAAGUAAAGUACUAUUAUUGAUAAAUUAUAUAUUUGUAUUUAGAGCAAUCCCACAUGCUUCUCACAAAUAUUAUGAAGCCUUUUCAGGGUCUUUCAUGAAGUUCCAAUAACUGAGUUCAGGGAAUUUCUUCACAGAUUUAUAAUGGUCCUGCUCUAGCUAUUUGCAGUCAAGAUUUAAAAAGUAGCACCAAAAAAGUACAUAGUGAUGUUUCUAGUAAUGAAACAGAUUAUACCAGGGGUCCCCAAUUACCAGGCUACAUACCAGUACUGUCCGCGGCCUGUUAGGAACCGUGGAUGAGCCAGCAAACCUUCACUUGCAUUACUGCCUGACCUCCACCUCCUUUCCUCCCCACCCCCCACCCUGUCCCUGGAAAAAUUGUCUUCCAUGAAACCAGUCUAUAGUGCCAAAAAUAUUGGGGACCAUGGGAUUAUACUAAAGUGUUUGGUUGAAUUUAUUACUACCACUUGUGAGAAGCGCCAGUUUAUGAAGAUUUCCUUUGGAAUGAUUUAAAAAAUUACAAAACCCUUAAAAUGAUUACUAGUUUUAUUAGUUUCUUUUGGCUGCUACAACAAAUUAUCACACACUUGGUUGCUUAACACAUCAGAUGUUGUGUUAACUCUCAUAGUUCUGAUGACCAGAUAUCUAAAACCAAAAACCAUGCUCCCUCCAGAGGCUUUAAAAGAGAUCUCUCCUUGCCUAUAACAGUUUGUGGUGACUAUUGGCAUUCUUUGAGUUAUGGCCACAUCUCUCUGCUUCAUUUUCAUAUUCCCUUCUCUGUGCACCUAAUCUCCCUCUGCCUUGCUCUCAUAAGGACACACUUAGGUGGCAUUUAGGACCCACUCAGAUAAUCCAGCAUAAUUUUAUCUGAAGGUCCUAAACAUAAUUACAUCUGUAAAACCUUUUUUCCAAAUAAGGUAACAUUCACAGGUUCUGGGGAUUGUGUUACAAAUAUUCCUUUUUUUGGAGAUGACCCUUGGCCCACUGUAGUCUGCCCUCUGUCCCCCAUUCCCAAUUUAGGUCCGUCCCAUAUGCAAGAUAUCUUUACUCCAUCUCAACAUUCUCCCCAAGGCCUAACCCAUUACAGCAUCAUCUAAGUUCAAAAUUUCAUCCAAACAUUAUCAGUUUAAAAGUCCCAAAUAUCAUCAUCUAGAUCAUCUAAAUCAGGUGUAGGUAAAAUUUCUGGGGCAAAAUUCCUCUCCAUCUAUGGACCAGUACAAGAAAACAAGUUAUCUGCUUCCAAAAUACAAUGGCAGGACAGGCAUUGGAGAAUAGUUGUGGACAUUGGUAUUUCAAAAGGGAGAAAAUGGAAUGUAGAAAGGAGUCAUUUGUCCCAAUCAUUUGCAAAGUUCAGACAGCAAAAUCCCCUUAGGUUUUAAAGCCUGACAAAAAUCCUCCUUGUGUCAGGGCUCCAAUCUUUAGGCCUGUAGUUCUGCACUCUUGGUCCAUGGAUUGAAUCUCUCCCUCUCUGCCCAUGGCUUUCACUUCUGCUUCUGCUUGCAUGCUUGGGCCUCUGCCUCUGUACCUGCAGCUCUACUCUACAGGUGAUCAUUUACAUUGAAGGGUAGCACACAUUUGCUGUUUUAUCACCCUGUUUGCUACCUGUAAAAGUUUAGCAGUCUUGACAACUUUAUCUCAUUUUGUCACAUCUCUGUCCCUUUCAGACCAACCUAAAAGUGUUUCUGCUGGUAUAACAGUCUAAAAAACUCUGUGAGCCUCCUGUGUAUAUCACAUUGAUUCAAUAAUGAUACAAGAAAGUCCUCAUGGAUCUUUGCCAGAUAACCCCAUCUCUAUUCCUGGCUUCUAUUGAGAUGGCUGAGUGGACCCAUGCAUAAUUAUUCUAGCACUAGCCACAAAUCAUCUAGCCACAUGCUUGGCUUUAUCUCCAAAGGACACUAUGCUAACAGUGAAUCUGCUAAUGUUAGCAUCUUUUACAAUCUGAAUAGGCUCAGAAUUUCCUGAAUCACCAAGUAGUGGUUUCUUUCUGCUUAACAGUUCUUCAAUUUCUCUCUUUCCUCGUGUAUUUUAAUAUAAGCUCAAGAAGAAACUAGACCAUACCUCCAAGCUUGGCUUAGAAAUCUCAUCUAAAUAUUAAACUUCAUCACUUUCAAAUGUACUUUUCAUACAACCAUGGGAAACAAUUCUGAUAAGUCUUAUGCUGCUAUAUAACAAGGAUCACAUUUCCUGUAGUUUCAGUGAAAUGUUCCUCAGUUCCUUCUAAGCCCUUACCAGGAGAAUCUUGAACAUUCAUAUUUUUACCAACAGUUUAUUUAAGGCAAUCUGUGUUUUUUCUAUCACAUGCAUCAGAAUUUUUCCAGCCUUUACCUAUUAUUCAAUUCCAAAGCCACAUCUACAUUUUUAGGUAUUUGAUAUAGCAGGACCUUAUUUUCUAGUACUAAAUUCUGUAUUAGUUUCCUGGGGCUGCUGUUACAAAUUACUGUAAAUGUUAUAGCUUAAAUCAACAGCUAUUUAUUCUCUUAUUGUUUUGGAGGCAAAGAAUCUAAAAUUGAGGUGUUAGAAGGGCUAUACUCCCUCUGGAAGCUCUAGGGGGAAAUCUCUUCCUUUCCUCUUCCAGUUUCUUGUGAUGGUCUGCUCUGAUCAGUCUCUGCUCUGUCUUCACAUCACUUUUCCCUCUGUGUAUCUAAUCUGCCUCUGUCUUUCUCUUAGAAGGACACUUGAGAUGCCUUUUAGGGCCCACCUGGUUAAUCCACAAUAAUCUCCUAAUCUCAAGAUCUUUAACUUCAUUUGUGAAAACCUUUUUUUCUAAAUAAAGUAACAUCACAGGUUCUGGGAAUUAGGACAUGGACAUACCUUUGGGGAGCCACCAUUCAGCUCACUACAAUAGUCAUUGCAUAUAAAUGUACUUUCCACUUUCUAAAAUGCAUCCUUGGUGCUCAAGCCAAAUUCAAGGUUGUCUCUAAAAGCUAUUGUCUGCACAGGCUACUGCAUGCUUUGAUGUUAAAUGGCUAAACAGGCUAUUCUAAAAUCUGGUUGAUACUUUUGCUUCUAUGGCCAGUUUGCUUGAAAAAAUAAUUGGUUGCAAUCCUUAGCUCAUCUCUUCUGCCCCUUUUAUGGAACCUUUGAUCAAAUGUCGUCUAUGAUGCAUAAUGCAGGCAUAAAACUACCUCUGAUACAGAAAGGUUCUUUACAAGCUUAUUCUGGAUAUUGUGAAUCCUUCAGCUGAAGGGAGAGGUGACAACAAAGCCUGCUUUGAAUGGUACUGACAGAUUGUGUCCAUGCCAAAACACUCAGAAGUAUUUCACUAUCAGUAGAACUGUGGAUUCAUGCUCUCAUAUUGCCUUGGAAUAAACACCUGUCUCUUUGCAGGACCAAGAAUGACUUGCAAUUUAUAUGUAAUGCAUACUUAUUCAAUAAAGUUAAGAUAUACAUUAAA